AUGCCAUUUGAAGACCUUAUACAGGAAGUCAAUGAUAACAUCGAGCAAGAGAAAAAGAAGCGAGCCAGACUGAGAGACCUGGACCUCAUUGUGCUGGACAACUCACUUCGUGAGAGCACUGUGGGUCAGCUUCGUGGGCACACACUAGAAAACAAGCGUAAGAUUUACGAUGAAGUCAGAAAGUGUGGAUUCCAGUUCAAGAUUGUGGCAGCCUAUUCUCAUAUGCCACGCGUGGAUGACUCCUGGGUCGCUGAGAUCGUCCGUGAGUGUGAGGAAGGCAAAGAAGACCUGGGUAACCUAUUUGCAUUCAGUGAGUUUUUCGAGUCGGUCUCUCAAGGUAUUCCUGACACCAAAACUAUUCCAGUGGGUCUGAGAAAGAUGCAAGAGCAGGGAUUGAUCAAUCCUAUCAUAGAGAUAGAUUUGGCCAUAAAAAGCAUCAACUGGGAAAAGUUCACCAUGGAGGACAUGUUCACACUGCUGACCGAAAGAUUCAAAUGGAGCCGAAAAUAUUUGUCUCCAGAUGCCAAGAUCAUGGUAAAUCUACGAGACUUUCCGGACGCCAUGGUCUAUGAAAUGGAGCGGCUUUUCAGUCUUGUGGACUACAUCGCGUCCAUGCCUGAAGCUGAGCGUCCUUUUGGAAUCAUGUUUGAGGAGCCAACGGGCAAGUUUUUACCAGAGGAGGUUGGCGCUUGGACUGCUGGUAAACUUGCUCACUAAAUAGUUGACACUCCUGUAUGUGAUAUAUUUCAUCUGGUCCCGACACUGAUGACAAGAGAUGAUCAUGUUGAAAAAACAGGUGGAGUCAUACCAGAGACAAACAUUAAUCAAUAAGUGAUCAUAGGGCUUGAAACAAACUAUACAUCAAACAAAAUUGUAACGUUAAAACAAUGCAGUUAAUACACUUCUCUACAGAAUGUUUUCAUUAAAUCAGUCUUUGGUUGUUCGUGUUGUUGUUGUUGUUAUUGUUGUUGUCUGUAGUUGUUGUUUCUGUCUUAAUGUCCUUGGCAAUAGUAUUGCUUAAUUAUCCAAGGAGCAUAUCAGGUUUAAAGUAAGAACAUGCUCUGAAGAUUUGCCAGCCGUAAAAGUUAAGGCCUGCGUCAAUACCUCUUUAUGUAAUAUCACAAGGAUCGCGAUGUGAUUUAACUUUUACAUACUAACUUGAGUAUUUGUCAUAUUAUCGAGGUGUACGUAAGAUCAUGGAUUCCCAUGGGUGGACCUCUGGACAUCUCUUGGCUCAUGUUCACAAGAAGUGGGCUCUUGGGGAAAUGGUGCAGCUUGAAUGCCUUAUAAACGGAGCUAACGGUAUCUGGGCAAGCAUUUGUGAGGAAGGAGCUGCUCUUGGUCACGCAUGUUCUACAGUCACGAUGAUGAACCUCGUCCGAAUGGGGAACGAAAAGGUCCUAAAACGCUACAACUGCCCCGCCCUAAGGGAUGCUGCAUCUAGCGUGACAAAGAUCACCACUGGCCUUCCACCCCAUCCCAAGCAAGUCAUCUAUGGCGAAAGAGCGCUGGACUUAGCAUUUGACUUUGGAAGCAUCGCAGGUGGAACCGCUGGGGAAACCGACUUUGACCUGGCUGAGUUCUUUGGAGAAGAAUCCCUGGUGAGGAUCAGUACACUUGCUUCCGAGAGCAUGAUCCUGGACAAGCUGGUAGAUCUGUUUGGUGAGGAUAGUCAGUUUACAAAUGCAAUGGCUGCUGCAAUGAAGGAACAAAUGAUUGAAGACCUGACGAACAACACGAAAGAAGAAUACACGAGUGCAGCCGGCAUCGCCAUGUUGUUUGAUCGAUCAGGAGGAAAACUCACCACGGAGAUGUCAGAAGUCAUUAAAAAUGCCGAUGUGGAGAGUGUACACGCCCAAAAUCUCAUUGAAGAGGUUCGUAGUAUAUGGAACGAGUGGGACAUCAAGGAAGAAGAACAAAAUGACGAUCAGCUGAUGUUCUGCUCCUUCUACAACGGGUUUAUGGCUCCUUACUUUGGAUGCUUCAUGUGCGAUGACACACAGAAGGCCUUGCAAGCUAUUAACAUGGAUAAUGACGGAUACAUAGACUGGAAUGAAUUCCUGGUGUAUCUCAAGUGGGCGAUGCGUCAAUAUCCCAACAUCAAAGAUGUUGAUGAGCUGUUAAGCUGCGCCUUCAACAAGGGAAUCAUACCCGCCAUGCGAGAUGAAGUACUUGGCAAAAAAGGAAGGCAAGUCGGAGAAAGAAGUUCAAGUCCAAAUGAAAAAUGAUUUAGGCAUUCCGUUCUCACUGCCUCAUCCUAAACCUGCUGCCAUGCUUGAACUUGCAAUUCAUGCUAUUGGGUUUAUUCUGAUAAAUUAUUAGUCGACAUUAGAAAUAUGGUCAAUUGAUCGGUGUAAGUUUAGCUGUAGGUGCGAUUUUUUUCCUUCACAAACUUAUUGUUAGGGCUUAAGGUUCUGGUUUACUUUAAGGUCAUAAUCACGCGUCUGUACCAGUCACCGGUGUAUGGCUCGAUUAAAAGAAAUAUAUGUGAUUGUGAGUUGUACCUCUGUAUCUGGUAAAUCAUAAUAAAAACACUUCAAAGACGGAUUGGAUAUUUGUUUAUCCCGGCAGAAGAGAC